AUGGCUAAGCACCACCGCACACCGGCGCGCAGCUCGGAGCCGGUCAUCGAGGUCAAAAGCAAGUUUGAGGCUGAGUUUCGCCGCUUUGCCAUGAAGAGGUCCAGCGCGGGUGGUUUCCAGGAAUUCUAUCAGCUGAUCCAGAGGGUGCACCAGAUCCCUUGUUCGGAUGUCCUCCUGGGAUACACAGACAUCCACGGAGAUCUGCUCCCCAUCAACAACGAUGACAACUAUCACAAGGCUCUGUCGUCUGCCAAUCCUCUUCUCCGGAUCAUCAUCCAGAAGAGAGCAGAAGCCAACGCCAGCGUCUUUGCCUCCAACUCGCUGCAGCGGAAGAAAAAGGGACUGCUGAGGCCAGCGCACCAACGGGCCAAGCCGCACCUGCUGAUCGGCAUGCCCCAGGACUUCCGCCAGAUCUCCUCCAUCAUCGACGUGGACAUCUUGCCCGAGACCCACCGGCGAGUGCGGCUCCAUAAACACGGCUCCAACAAGCCCCUGGGUUUUUACAUCCGGGACGGGGUCAGCGUGCGAGUGGCUCAUCACGGGGUGGAAAAGGUGCCCGGCAUUUUCAUCUCCCGCUUGGUCAAGGGAGGCUUGGCCGAGAGCACCGGACUGCUGGCCGUGAACGAUGAGAUCCUCGAAGUCAACGGCAUUGACGUGGCGGGCAAGUCGCUGGACCAGGUGACUGACAUGAUGGUGGCCAACAGCCACAACCUCAUCAUCACCGUCAAGCCGGCCAAUCAGCGCAAUAACGUCAUCCGCAGCAGCAAGGCUUCGGGGAGUUCCGGCAUGUCCACCGACAGCACCCCCAGCCAGCAGACGCCCAGCCCGGCUUCCCAGUAUCUGAGCAACUGUAGCACAGCCGAGGGGGAAAGCGAUGAAGAGGGAGACCUGGUAAUUGAGAGUGACUUGCCUGCCAGCUGCCCCAACGGGGGUCUUCUCGACAGCCUCCAGCACAGCCUCUCGCUCUAUAGCUCCCAGGGCUCCUUGCCCUCGCUGAACAGUCACAGUGGCAGCGGGAGCCCCAUGCGUGGCAGCCGAGCGGGCAGCCUCCAAGAGGAUGGCACCAUGAUCACGCUAUAG